AUGUCACAAGAGAUUGAGAUCACUGAUAUGCAGGAGUUUCAAAAGAUUAGAGAGAAGCUCUUCAAUCUAAAUAGAAACUUGAAUACUAUUAAACAAAAGAUACAGUACACAGAUAAGGAUAGACAAAGAUGUUUGAUCACUGUAAAGGAUCUCGAUUCACUGCCAUCAAGUACAAAGACAUACAAGUCUGUUGGAAAAAUGUUCAUAGUGGCCCCAUUAGAUACACUGAAGAAAGAUUUGAAGAAACAAGCAGAGAAGGAUGAAGAGGAUGUCAAAGGACUAAUGAACCAAGGCAAAUACUUAGAUGCACAGAUAACAGAGACAGAAAAGAGUCUUAAGGAACUGAUGAUCUCAAAGAAA